GAAGAAAGUGAGAAAGAAAAUAUCAAUAAUAUCGAGUCAGUGUUUAUAAAUUAUUUAAAGAAGAAACAAAUAACGGAGCAAAUAUUUUAGGCCUAAGUUUCAUACUAAAUCAUAAAGGAAAGGAUAUUUAUUAUUAGUGAAUCUCUGAAUCAAGAAAAAGUGACUUAUUAUCAAUUCAACAUAUACUUUCUAUCGAUAAAUCAGAUAGAAUUAUCAUCGAUCCUUGGUUAAAAGCUUGUCAACAAACCUACUGGAACGAGAAUGACGAGUUUCGACUGAUUAUACAUAAAUAUUCACAGAUGCCGUGGUCGUAGCUCUUGGGAAGGAUGUUCCACGGGGGCGGAAGUGGCGGGUACGGCGCAGGCUCCGACUAUCAGCAACAGUCUCAGCAACAACAACAGCAACAUGGACAACAACUGCAAGCCCCCGUUUACGUACCUUCGUCCAGACCAGCAAUCCCUUCUGCAGCCACGGCAGCACAAUAUCAUUCCUUCGCUGGUUCUGCAUCACCUGCCUGGGAGAAAACAGCGUCCUGGCAACAUGGCGUCGAAACAUACGCUGCUCAUCAUGCAUUGGCUGGUCACACGAGUGCUUCCAGUGCAACGAUGGGUCCACACACGGGACAUGCUCAUCCUCAUGCUGGCCACCCUCACACGGCACACCCUCAUUCUACCCUUGCAGCGGCUGCACCAUUUUAUGCCCAAAACGUUGCGAUGAUGUCCUCAUGGCGUGCUUAUGAUGGUGCUGGUUUUCAACGUGCUUCGCCAUAUGACACGGCGAUGGAUUUUCAAUUUGGCGAGGGUAGAGAAUGCGUCAAUUGCGGAGCAAUUUCUACGCCGUUGUGGCGGAGGGACGGUACCGGUCAUUAUCUUUGUAACGCAUGCGGGCUUUAUCACAAGAUGAACGGUAUGAAUCGACCGCUCAUCAAACCAUCAAAACGCCUGAUAUCUGAAUUUCAGACGGCAACGAGACGGCUAGGAUUAUGCUGCACAAAUUGUGGUACAAGAACAACUACAUUGUGGAGGCGUAACAACGAUGGUGAACCGGUGUGCAAUGCAUGCGGAUUGUAUUUUAAAUUACACGGUGUUAACAGACCAUUGGCAAUGCGAAAGGAUGGAAUACAAACGCGUAAAAGAAAACCGAAAAAAACGCCAGAACCAAAUGCUAGAUCCAAUACGACGGAACACGAAACUACAGCGUCUAGUACGUCAUCACCAUCGAUGGAUCCUAAAAAUAGUCAGCAGCAGCAACAACAACAACAACAGCAACAACAGCAACAACAACAACAACAACAGCAACAACAACAACAACAACAACAUCAAAUCGAUGUGUCUAAAUCGUCAAGUUCCUCGACGCCGACUGAAAGGCCUGUAUACCUUGGGCACACGUCCCUAUUAGCAACCGGAAGUAUACCUGCCGUCAAAACGGAACCUCGAAGUUGCGACGGUAUCGUAGGCCAACCUUACUCAUCAUAUUAUCAACAUCCACAUCAAUUAAACGUGCCAACGAGCGAACAUCAACAACAAAGUUAUUAUGGAACACAAGAGGCACCGUAUCAUCAUCAGCACCAUGUUACAGCUGCUGCUAAACUUUUAGCAUCGUCGUAAUUUUAAUCAUUACGUAAAAGAUUUGAAAUAAUCAUUUUGACGUAUACUAUUACGUUAAAUAAAUGAACUAUAUAUAUAUAUACAUCUUUUACAUUAAAUAAUACCGAAAGAAAAUGGAGAUAUAUUAUGAGACAAAAUUCUAUUCACGCGAGUUUUUUCUUUUUACUUUUUUUUUCUCUCUUUUUUUUUUUUUCCUGAAAGUGCAAUCCAAGCUAAAUAAUUCUGCUUUAUUUACUUUAGAAGAACGUGAUCGAAGAGUAAAAGAAAAAUAUACAAAAAUAUUAUUAUAAGUAAAUAAAUAAAAAAUUUUUCAAUGUUAUG